UGUCAGAUAUGCAGCUCUGCUCCUGGCCAGGGGCUCCAUAUGGUUUGGCCCUUCUGGCAAUCCUGUCUCAUUGUGCGACAGCUGUGGAAAGACGCUAUUACAUUGCAGCUAUUAAUGUUGACUGGGAUUACACGUCUGAUGUACAGCAAAGUGUUAUACCAACGUAUAGAAAAAUAGUAUACAGGGAGUAUGAUGCAGGAUUUACAAAGGCUAAAGCACAACCCUUGUCCUCAGGGUUACUUGGGCCAACGUUGCGAGGACAAGAGGGUGACACAAUUAUUGUUACAUUUAGGAACAUGGCCGAUCGUCCUUGCAGCAUCCACCCACAUGGCAUUGCUUACGGCAAGCAGUCAGAGGGAUCUUUAUACUUUGACAACACUUCACUGUAUGAGAAAGAGGAUGAUGUCAUUUUGCCUGGAAAAGAGCACACGUACUAUUGGGAGGUAACAUCUGAGGUGGCUCCUAUGGCUGCGGACCCCCCAUGCAUCACCUACACGUAUCUCUCCCACGUUGACAUCGUCAAAGACUUCAACACAGGGCUGAUUGGAACAAUGCUGAUCUGCAAGAAAGGUGCGCUAGACGACUCUGGAAAUCAGAUUCAUUUCCAUCAGGAGGCUGUGCUGUUGUUUGGUGUGUUUGAUGAAAACAAGAGCUGGUACAGCACUGGCGGCCCUCCACAAGCGCAGAACAUGAAAUACACCAUCAAUGGCUAUACAAAUGGAUCUGUACCUGAUCUUGGCAUCUGUGCUCACUCUAAAGUCAGCUGGCACCUGCUGGCUAUGAGUUCAGAGCCAGAGCUCUUCUCUGUGCACUUCAAUGGUCAAGUUCUUCUGCAAUAUGGACACAAAACCUCAGCCGUUGGCAUUAUUAGUGGCACUGCCACUAGUGCCAGUAUGACUGCUGUCCACCCCGGCCGCUGGCUUUUCUCCUCUUACAUUAGCAGGCACUUGGAAGCUGGUUUGCACGGUUACCUGAAUAUCAGGACAUGUGAAAAGUUCCCAGCACCUAAAAGAAGGUUAACCAUCCAAGAGAGGGAGGAAAGUCAAGAGUGGACUUAUUUUAUAGCAGCAGAAGAGAUCAUCUGGGAUUAUGCACCAAAUAUGCCAGAAAACAUGGAUGGGGAUUUCCGCAUGAAAUAUUUAAAACAGGGGCCUCAUCGCAUUGGUAAAAAAUACAAAAAAGCUGUGUUUACACAGUACAAAGACGGCACAUUUAAAGAAAGAGCAGAAGAUAAGCAAAGAAAAAAGGAACUUGGCAUUCUGGGCCCUGUGAUAAGAGCACAAAUCAGAGAUGUCAUAAAGAUUGUCUUUAAAAACAAAGCAUCGCGUUCAUAUAGCAUCUAUCCUCAUGGACUGACCAUUGAUAAAUCAGCAGAAGGAGCCAGUUAUCCUGAGGGAGGGAACCAGACGCAUGGCAUCCAGCCUGGGGAGACCUACACAUAUGUAUGGAAUGUGGGGGAGGAAGAUGUGCCAACAGACAGUGACUCAAGGUGUCUUACAAGGAUGUACCACAGUGCAGUCGACACACCUAGAGACAUUGCUUCUGGUCUUGUAGGUCCUCUGCUGAUAUGUAAGAGUCAGUCUCUCAACAAAAAGAAUGUCCAGCUAAAAGCAGACAAAGAACAACAUGCCAUGUUUUCAGUUUUUGAUGAGAACAAGAGCUGGUACAUUGAUGAGAAUAUCAACACCUACUUUAGUGAUCCUACAAAGGUCAAAAGAGAAGAUCCAGAAUUCUGCAAAUCAAAUGUUAUGCAUACAAUCAAUGGUUACGUGUAUGAAAGUGGCCAAGAACUGGGAUUUUGUCAUGGUGAAAUUGUGACGUGGCAUGUGUCCAGUGUUGGGGAACAGGAUUAUAUCCAGACCGCAACUUUUUAUGGACAUACAUUUGAGCUGAAAAACAGGGAAGAGGACAUGCUCGGUCUCUUUCCCAUGACUGGAGAAACUAUUAGUAUGAACAUGGUUAAUAUAGGUCUUUGGCUUUUAGCCUCCAUGAACUCUCACGAUUCCAAUAAAGGAAUGAGGGUGAAAUUCAAGGAUCUCGAAUGCUUCAGAGAUUACGUCAUGGAAUACGAUUAUGACAUACCUGAUAAAUUCACCGUAUUGAAACCUCCAUCCAUCAAUGAAAUGUUAAAAGAAACAGCAAAGUCAACAAACCCUAAUGUGGUUGACGAAGAUACCGACUACUUUGCUGGGCUUCUUGGCAUGAGGUCGUUUAGAAACCAGAACUCAGCUGUUAAUUCAUCCGUCAAUGAAACUACAAAUGAAACGGCAAACUCAACAAACCCUAAUGUGGUUGACGAAGAAACUGAAUACUUUGCUGAUCUUCUUGGUCUGAGGACGUUAAAAAAUCUGGAUGUUGAGCCUCUGGAUCUUUCGUUUCUAGAUCAUGAUGAUGGUAUCUUUCCGACUGCUGAGGAAGUGGAUAAAUCACAUAAUGCUACUUCAGCCUCCUCCAAUCAGACUGUGGCUCAUCAUUUAUCAGUUGAUUCGGCUGGUUUGGAUAAGAAACAUAUUUCGAAUCAAAGUAUUACGAAUGAAAGCACAGUAGAUGCAUCACAAUACAUGACCAGUUCUUUUGAUUCUGAUUCAGAGAUCAUGGCAAGCAAUGGCACAGACAGCAUUAAAUCACAUUUCCAAGUAAAGCGAAACAUUGCAACAAAUGCAACUUAUUUUCCAGCAAUUGUCCGAAAUGCCUCUAUAGUAAUUUCAUCAUUCAGUCUCUAUGAAAAUGUAUCACUCGAGAUGACGAAUGAAACAGACAGUGUUUCUACUAAUACCACUCAUCUUCCAAAUAAUCUGAGAAACAUAACGCUGGUAGAACCAAUGAAUGAAACACACGGUGUCUCCUUGAACACCAGUGAUGGUAAGAGAAAUAUCACCAUAAAGGAUGGUAGACGAUCUUUAAAUUCAACUGAAGAAAUUUUUUUAAACCAAACCUCAGAACAUUUUAAGCUAAACAAAACAGAUGUAAAUAGCACCGACAUUGCGGAUGUUAACAGUGAUGCUUCAGGCCACAUCUUCAUUUACAACGUUCCUAGUUCUGACUCUCUCUCCAACGCCUCAGAACCAGAAGAGUAUUUUCUGCUACUAGAUAGUCAGCAAACCUUGGAAAUUUCCAAGGACGAUAUCUCACCAGCAUUUCUCAAGAACACCACACUAGAGCUUUUUGAGAACACUGGUGAUCCAACUGCAAACACAACAGGCAUUGAGGAACUCGGGAGCACACGGGGGAAUGAUUCCAAUGAGGUUUAUUCUCUGAUGAACUCUGAAAUUGAGAGCACUUUUUCUACACCAUACCUCAAUGUUUCCAUGCCAUCCAGAAACAGCACUGUCAGCCCAAACACAACUUCAUCAAAAAUUCAUGAAACGUUGGAAUCUAAUAGCGAAAUUCUCAAUAAUGCAUCAUUGCUCUUCCAUUUAGACAAUAUGAAUAUUUCCGUCAAUGUUUCAUCUACGAACAGCUCAGAAAGUAUUACUGAAGAUAGUAUCGAAGAAGUGGUCAUCUAUCUGAAAAACAACCACAGUGAGGUUUUACUCACCUCUCCUCUCAACCCAGAUGAAGAACACUGGGGUUAUGAGAGCACACAUAAACUGAUUGCUAUGGAAAUCCCUGAUCAUGUAAAGAAAUACAUCACAGAUGAGCCGGCAGCAAAAACAAAUAAUGCAGUCCAAAGUCCAAAAAAGAAAAAAAAGGUAGUUCACAAGCCAGUGAAGCCCAGAAAAGGUCAUGCCAUGAAGACGAAGAAGAGGAAAGAGUAUAAACCACAAGCCCUUUCUGAGAUGUCUCCAUUGGGUCCGUCUCCACGAGGUUUUGGACCUGCCGUUUUCAGUCCAAGGGGAACCAGACCUGUUUCAAGUGAGGAGGACCUGAUGAGCAAGGCCAUUGUCAUAGGAGUGCCAAGACGGGAUUUCAACGAUUAUGACUUAUAUGUUCCAAAACAAGAGCAGGAAAAUGACAUUGGGUUUCCUGACAAAUCAGAAGAAUAUGAAUUUGUGGAGUACAUGGAUCCUUAUAGCAAAUCGGUAGAUGUUCAGAACAUGGCGUUUGACACGACAUCUCAGCAUUUCUUAAAGAAGGCUGAGGACAAAGAUACCAGGACCUAUUUUAUCGCAGCAGAUGAGGAGGAAUGGGAUUAUGCUGGCUAUGGCCAAAGGAGGCUUGAUAAAUCAAAUCUAAAUGAGAGGCCCACGGCUUUUAAAAAAGUGGUGUUCAGGAAGUACUUGGACAUCACUUUCAGCAUCCGCGACAUCCGGGGAGAAAUGGACGAACAUUUGGGUAUUCUGGGUCCGGUCAUUAAAGCUGAAGUUGAUCAGACUAUUAUGAUAUUUUUCAGAAACCGUGCCAGUCGUCCAUACUCUCUGCAUGCAAAUGGGGUGACAUAUCUAAAACAAAUGGAAGGUUUGAGUUACGAUGAUCAGUCGCCUUACUGGUACAAGCAAGACGAUGCAGUUCAACCCAACAGCUCUUUUGUUUACAUGUGGACUAUAAAUCCUAAAUCUGUACCACAAAACAAUGAAUCUGACUGUCGAACGUGGACAUACUACUCUGGAGUGAACCCUGAGAGAGAUAUAAACUCUGGGCUGAUUGGACCUCUUCUUAUCUGUAGAAAGGGAACAUUGGUUAAACCAGCUAUGGAUAGAAGAGAGUUUGUCCUUCUCUUUAUGACCUUUAAUGAGAACAAAAGCUGGUACUACGAGGAGAACCGGGCGAGAAUCGAGAGGAAAAACAAAAGAACAGCCCUGGAUCCAAACUUCCAUGACAAUUUGAAAUUUGACGCCAUCAAUGGUAUUAUCUACAGCCUCAAAGGACUCCGAAUGUACACCAAUCAGGUAGCCAAGUGGCACCUCAUCAACAUGGGCUCUCCUAAAGACCUCCACAGUGUCCACUUUCAUGGUCAAACGUUCAUAAAUAAGGAAUUAAGGGACUAUCGUCAGGGUGUUUACCCACUUUUACCAGGUGGAUUUGCGACACUAGAGAUGUUGCCCUCAAAGCCUGGUCUCUGGCAGCUGGAGUCUGAGGUCGGACUCUCGCAGCAGAGAGGAAUGCAGACGCUCUUUCUUGUGUUAGAUAAUGUCUGUGAUCACCCACUCGGUCUCAUCUCUGGUACUGUAAAAAACGAACACAUUACAGCAUCGGACUCCAGAGGACAAUGGUAUCCUCAUUUGGCUAGACUACGUAACACAGGGAAAUACAAUGCAUGGAGUACAACAGAGACGGGACAGUAUAUUCAGGUGGACUUCCAGAGGCCGGUGGUGAUCAGUAAAGUCGCCACACAGGGAGCCAAGCAAUUCCUGAAAUCAAACUUUGUGCUUAACUACACCAUUUCCUACAGCACAGACAAAAAGAAGUGGUUCUUCUAUAAGGGAGACAGCGAUGCUGUCAGAAAGACUUUUGAAGGGAACAAUGAGGCUCAUGAGGAGAAGGAGAAUAUAUUUUUCCCACCUUUGAUUGGUCGAUAUGUGAGGCUGCAUCCUUUACAAUCUUACAACAAUCCAACUGUUCGUUUGGAGUACUUCGGCUGUGAGCUUGAUGGUUGCUCUGUGUCAAUGGGAAUGCAAAGUGGCAUUAUUAAAGACAAUCAGAUCACAGCCAGUUCAGUGGCUUCAGGUUGGUACUCCGGACAGUGGCAUCCCUGGUACGCACGCUUAAAUAAACAAGGAACCACUAAUGCCUGGCAAGCCAAGAACAAUGACAUGCAGCAAUGGAUCCAAGUGGAACUCCCGGUUGUGAAGAAGAUAACUGGGAUUAUAACACAGGGGGCCAAAUCAUUAGGUACAGAGAUGUUUGUGGCGGCAUUUACUCUAGAGUACAGUGAUGAUGGCAGGAGAUGGACAAAGUACACUGAUGAUGAGGAUUAUGAGCAAAAGACUUUUCAAGGCAACACCGACAACAAUAGCCAGGUGAAAAACUACAUCUACCCACCGAUAUUUUCCAGAUUCAUCCGGGUUGUUCCCAAACGAUGGCAGAGCUGUAUCACUAUGAGGAUUGAACUGCUUGGCUGUGAUUUUGAAUAAAUACUGUGCCCUCUUUCACUGAAAUUACAAUAUUUUAUAUUUCGUUUGCGUGGAUCAACUUUAUGAAAUACAUUUAUUUUAAAUGGCAUACACGAACGUAUAACUGUACCCACAGUUAAAAUGGUUUUACACGAGUUACAAGGGAAACUUUAUAAAGCGCGCCACCUAGUGUUUGUAACGUUUGUGUCAACCCAGUCAAAUAUUUUAAAACGGAAUGUAAACCAUUUUCAAAUGAGUCGCUCACAUUGAGCAAACCAAUGAGAGUUGAUAUCUUGAUAUAAAUAAAA